CACCGGUUUCAACUCACCAAGCGGCAAGUCGGCAGGGCCGAUGAACAAGUUGACAAAUGUCGAGUCCCAGCGGGUGAUGGCGGUCCUGGGAGACAUGCUCGACCGACUCAACUACUUGACGUACGUUCCACUGAAGCGAGACUACCACUUGAUCGGACGGCUGCAUGAGAACGGGGUGUCAGCGGUCGGCGACCAAGUGGAGCAGUUAUGGCAGCUGGACGACGGGUAUGAAAACAUGGAUGCGAACGCGGCGCGGCGAGAGGACGUGCUGGGAAAGAUAAAGUUGGCAGUGCGCAGCAUAUGUCGCCACAUGCGGGAGAAUCCUGUGGUGGUGACGACGUUCUUCGGCACGACGUCGGCGUCCCCGGCGGACCCCGGCGACGAAAUGAUGACGUUGAUCAGGUUUCUGUCUGAAUUGACAGACUUGAUGUUUUCACAGCUGAGUAAAACUGUGGAAGACGAGACGUCCAAGCGGGACUCGAUGGAGAACAUGUACAACCGCCGCAAACAAGCCGAAGACGAUCUGGUGCAGCUACGAGACAAGCUGAGCGACAUGCGCAAAACCAAAGAGGACGACAUUUCGCAUUUGGACAUUCAGCUGCAGAAGCUCAAGGGUGAACUGGCCACGAUCAACAAGGCCACCGCGAACGAGCUUCUCUUGAUCCAAACCCAAGUCAAAGAAACCCUGGAAAAAGCGUACGAUCAACAAAGCAUUGAAAUGCAAGCGUUGCUAGAAACCUACGCCCAGCACGAACAACUGCCUCCAGAAGAACACGAUGGACCAUCGAGAGGUAGAGGACGCGCUGCGCAAGGCCAAGUGCAAAAUCGCAGUCGAAGUCGCGUCCACGAUCGAAAAGUAUGACCAGGACAUGCUCGCGGUCACGACCGAGAUCGACGCGUUGCAGGAGCGGUACACGGCAGAGCUGAACGAGUUCCAGGCCCUGUCCGAACACUUUGUCAAGAUUGACGAAGAGCAAGCACGAAUCGAAGAGGAAGAGCGCAUCCUUGAAGCUAUUCGAGAGGAAGAGCGCCGUGAAAUCCAGAAACUGCACAACGCGGCGAUUCGCAUCCAGAGUUUGUGGCGCGGGUCGGUCGUCCGCAGGGAAUAUGCAGCCAAGAAGAAAAAAGGAGGCAAAAAAGGCAAAAAGAAAUAAUGCAACAUUUAUAUUAUUACUACGUGGAGUUUACAUA